ACCGCGCGCAACCCGACGCUGCCGCCGCCGCCGACGACGACGACGAUUACGACGUCAUUAUACCUAAGAUAACAGACCCUCGCGGAGUUCGAGACUCGUGUAUUGUUGACUUAAACGCCUGAAAACUAUACAUAAUAAUAAUUAUUUCUUUACAAUUAUCGCCUGAAAUUCCAUAUUUUCGUAUCAGUUCGUUCGUAUUCCCACGGUGUUCUCUGUCGUGGGCUACGUUCUGAGUCUCACGCACGACUUCGUUUCGUAUCCUGUCCGACGAUUACUCUUGUGCAUAAUAUUUCAAACUAUUUGUCUAGAAUAAAUUCAUUCCCAUGUGCGUCUGUGUGAGCUUUUGCUAUGGAUUUAAGUAGACUGCCGAACCGGUAACACGUUGUAUACCGGAAAACGCAGAUUUCCGUGCUAUUAUUUGUAAAUUAUUCAUCAAUAUUUAGCCAUGGAAACCGGUAGUUCAGCUUGCGUAGCUUUGGCAUUUUUGGUCAACUACAACACGUUAAAAGCUGGGUUCGUGUAUGAUGACAGCCGAGCGAUCGUCAACAACCCGGACGUGACGCGAGCCACGCCGCUGACCGACAUCUGGACCAACGACUUCUGGGGCACGCCGAUCGGGUCGAGCAGCUCGCACGGGUCUUACCGGCCGCUGUGCGUGGCAUCGUUCCGGCUGAACCACUGGACAGGCGGCCUGGACCCGAAGGGCUAUCACGUGGCCAACGUGCUGCUGCACUGCGCCGUCACGUACCUGGUGUACGCCGUGUACCGGGCCCUGAUGCCCGGCCGCCGGCCCGCCGCCGCCGCCGCCGUGUUCGCCGUGCACCCGGUGCACGCCGAGGCCGUGGCCGGUGUUGUGGGCCGCGCCGACCUGCUGGCCUGCCUGUUCUACCUGGCCGCGUUCCUGUGCUACACGGCGCACGUCCGGCACCGGGACAGGACGCCGGAUCCUCGGCGGCGCGUCGUGUGCUGCGACGCCGGUUGCCCGCGGACGUACCGGUUGGGCCCGGUGCGCACCGUUUUCGCCGCCCUGGGCUGGGCACGUGCCAGCGACCUGGACGGCCUGCCCGCCGUCACCGAGUGUUGCGCUGUCCGCGAGUGGGCCUGCCUAGUGGCCACCGUGCUCAUGGCAGCCGCGUCCAUGUUGGCCAAAGAGACCGGGCUCACCGUGCUGGCGGUGUGCGCCGUGUACGACGUGCUGUUCGCCAGCAAGCAGUCACCGAACAAGAAUUCCAGAGGGAUGUACAGAACGCUGAUGAUCUUGUCGGGCGCGGCGGCUGGUCUGCUAUUUGCCCGGAUCUCGUUAAUGGGCGAUAGCGGACCACCUGUGUUCGCAGCCGCCGAUAAUCCGACCGCCAAGUCACCCAGUCUGGUAACUCGGACACUCACAUUUCUCUACUUACCCGCUGAAAACUUCCGGUUGCUUGUCUACCCUCGGAAGCUGAGCUUUGACUGGUCUAUGGACGCCGUUACACCCAUCACUUCCAUCUACGAUCCUAGGAACGCGCUUUCUAUCGCUCUGUACGUGGCCCUAUUUGCUGCGGCAAGGCGAUCUGCCGUAGCUUCGUCUAGAGCCAGAUUACACCAUUAUCGGCCUCACAGAUGUUGUGCAAAGACUAAGUAUGAUCGACCGGCCGACCUACCCGACGACCCGGCAAGGGCCAUUGGACUUGCUGUAGCCAUGACUGCCAUACCGUUCGUUCCGGUGUCUAACUUGUUCUUUUACGUGGGAUUUGUGCUGGCCGAGCGGGUGCUGUACAUGCCUAGUGUUGGCUACUGCUUUAUGUUCGGGUAUGGUUACACGGCGCUGGAACGUCGAUUGGGACCGAAGUGGCCAAGGAUGGGGCUAAUAGUGUUACUCAUCGUAUAUGGUGCCCGAACGAUCAUCAGGAACAAUGACUGGCAAGACGACGAGUCACUGUAUCGAUCGGGUUUACACAUCAAUCCGCCCAAAGCCUACGGAAAUUUGGGUUCUAUACUCAGUAGUCAAGGUCGAUUGGACGAAGCGGAAACGGCGCUGAGAACUGCAUUACAAUAUCGACCGAAUAUGGCGGACGUGCAUUACAAUUUAGGGAAUUUGCUACGAGAAAAAGGUGACACUGAAGCAGCCGUGUCAAGUUACAAAAAUGCAAUAAUGUACCGACCCUCGCUAGCAGUGGCAUACCUAAACAUGGGACAGUUAUUGGCUACGAUGGGUCGGUGUGAAGAAGCGGAAUCUGUGCUGAAGCUUUGCAUUUCACUGGAUGGUUCUUAUUCCAAGGACCCGAUGAACCACGAAACCAGUAGGGUGUCAGCACUAGUCACAUUGGGCAAACUGCAUGCUGACCGGGGCAGGCAUUUGGACGCGGUGCAGGCCUACAAGCAUGCAGUCACCAUUUUACCACCGUACUACAACUCUCGGGUACUGUUCAGUUUAUAUGGUGAUGCGUUGGCGCAACUUAAUAGACACAAAGAAGCCGAAAUGUGGCACAAGGCGGCACUAGAAGUCGGGCCUGAUCAUGUUCCGGCACACUUGAGUUAUGGGAAAUGGCUCGCAAAAAAUAGAACGCGUAUUCACGAAGCAGAAAAUUGGUUUCUACGGGCAAAAAAAUUGGCUCCCGGUGACGCGUCUGUGUACAAACAUUUCGGAGUUUUUCUACUGGAACAAGAACGGUACUCUGAAGCCGCAUCGCAGCUAGUAGAAGCCGUCGCGCUUGAACCCGAAGACUAUGACUUGAUUGUUACAGCAGCCACUGCACUCAGACAGGCGAGCGUGUCACUCAAGGCUGAGGAAAUGUACAGAAAAGCAGCCAUACUCAGGCCACAAGACGCUAGCAGUCACAGCAAUUUGGGAGCCAUGCUGCAUCUGAAUGGCAAACAUCGCGAGGCUUUAUCCAGUUAUCAAAAUGCGCUAAGGAUAUCGCCAGACGACCGAACUACGCUAGACAAUCUCAACAAGCUGAGAAAUGUGUUACGUCGCCGAUCCAAAGCGGCGUGAUGAUAGCCACUACAUUGAGAGCAGUGAUAAUUUUAUUGAAAUAAUAUAUUGUAAUAAUAUGAUGAUAACAUUGACGAUGACGGUGAUGAGUGUGUAGUUUUGUAUUUAAACAUAAUUUUCUACAUUUUUUUUUUUUAUUUUUAGUUUAUAUAUAUAUUAAAAAUAUCUAA